CGGGGGGAGCCCGGGAGGGCGCGGGCGGCGCGGAUGGCGCGGCCUGAGCGCGCCCGGUGUCGCCGCAGGGCAUCGACAUCCGGCACGACAAGGACCGCAAGGUGCGGCGGAAGGAGCCCAAGAGCCAGGACAUCUACCUGCGCCUGCUGGUCAAGCUGUACCGCUUCCUGGCCCGCCGCACCAACGCCCCGUUCAACCGCGUGGUGCUCAAGCGCCUCUUCAUGAGCCGCUCCAACCGGCCCCCGCUGGCGCUGUCCCGCCUGAUCCGCAUGAUGCGCAAGCCGGGCCGCGCGGGCAGCACGGCCGUGGUGGUCGGCACCGUCACCGACGACGUUCGCAUCCAGGACGUGCCCAAGCUCAAGGUCUGCGCCCUCAGGGUGACGCGCGGCGCUCGGACGCGGAUCCUGCGGGCCGGGGGCUCCAUCCUGACCUUCGACCAGCUGGCCAUGGCCUCCCCCAAGGGCAAGGGCACCGUGCUGCUCUCGGGCCCCCGCAAGGCCCGCGAGGUUUUCCGGCACUUCGGGAAAGCGCCGGGGACCCCCCACAGCCACACCAAGCCCUACGUGCGCUCCAAGGGACCCAAGUUCGAGCGGGCGCGGGGGCGCCGGGCCAGCCGGGGCUACAAGAACUGAGCCCCCUCCCCAAAAC